CUGUCUUAACAUAAUGGCUGUUUAUGCAACCGGCCCCUGGAGUCAUUAGGACGUGCCCCAGCUGGACACUUCUCCCCUCUUCUCCACUUCCAGCGCUCUCUCUUCUCUGCCGUGGGUUUGAGUCGCUCCCGCGGGGGUAGACGAGGCUUUAUAUUGGGCUUUAUAUCGAGCCGCGACUCAGACGGUCUCUAAGCGGCUCCAUGGACCUGUGCGUGACCAUCAAAGGUGUGUCGUUCCUGCUGCAGACGGGUCUGGGGAUCCUAGCGAACACGCUGGUGCUGCUAGCGUACGCACACAUGCUUCUGCGCGAGUCUCGGCUAACACCUGCGGACGCUAUCCUGUGCCACCUGGCGUUCGCGGACCUGCUUCUGCUGCUAACCCGCGGCGUCCCGCAGACCCUGAGCGUGUUCGGCGUGAAGAACCUGCUAACCGACGCCGGCUGCAAGGCGGUCAUAUACCUGUACCGCGUGUCGCGCGCGCUGUCCGUGUGCCUGACCUGCAUGCUGAGCGUGUUCCAGGCAGUUAGUGUCGCCCCCGCGGCCGGCCCGCUGCUCUCCCGCCUCAAGCCUCGAAUCCCGCGGCUAAUCCUCCCCGGCUUCGCCGCGCUCUGGCUCCUCAACAUGGCCGUCUGCAUCGCCGCACCCUUCUUUUCCGUAGCCCCGCGCAACGGCACCGUCCCGCCGUUCACCCUCAACCUGGGCUUCUGCCACGUGGACUUCCGUGAUAACCUGUCAUACGUGACGAACGGGGUGGCCGUGUCGGUGCGCGACUUCGCGUUCGUGGGCGUGAUGCUAGGCUCCAGCGGGUUCCUCCUGGUGCUCCUGUACCGCCACGGCCGGAAGCAGAAGGGCAUCCGGCGCUCGCAGGGCAAAGAGACACGCGCCGCUAAGACUGUGUUGAUGCUAGUGGUUCUGUACGCGGUGUUCUUCGGCAUCGAUAACGUCAUCUGGAUCUACAUGCUAACAGUGGCGCAGGUGCCGGCGGUGGUGGCCGACAUGAGGGUGUUCUUCUCCUCAUGCUACGCCUCGCUCAGCCCGUUCCUCAUCAUCUCCUCCAACAAGAAGGUCAAAGCGAGGAUGGUGUGUGCGAGCGCGGACCCGGCGGAUGACAGCAAGCAGUCAGACGUCAAAAACUCUGAGUCCUAGUUAAGCUAAUAGUGCUUAA